UUCCGGUUUAUAUUUUACACGUUUAACAAGUGAUAGAAGAAUGAUUUCUUGCAUGAUAAUUAAAAUGCUUGACGAUGUCAACUUGCAAAGAUGAAGACGAUUAUAGUUUAGAAACUGGCGAUCUUGGUCUUGGAUUCGGAUUAAAACCAGGAUCUCUUCCAAUCUUAGACGCAUUGUUUACAAAUAAAAGUGAUAGUGGAAAGCACCAAAAGGGGACUAUAGAUUUAUCAGCUAUAGCAGCUAAACCGUUGGUACUAACAAACCAGAGUCAAUAUACAAAAGUUGAAAAGUUGCGUGGUAAAAGCAGAUUUUCAAAAGUCAGCAUUGGGGAUAAAAGAAGUACCUGUCCAAAUAGCAAACAAAACAAAAUGAAUUUUGGAAAGAAUGAAGAUGGUACAACAGAAGUUACAGAAACUCCCACAGUAAACAGAGAUGACUUUUUAAAAAAGUUACUGGAAGCUGAGCAGGAAGUUGAAGAGCUGAAAACAGAACUAGAAGUUUAUGAAAAGAGACUGGAAUCCAAAUACAAAGCUAUUGCAAUCUUGAGGAAACAGAUUUAUUCAAGUGAAGAGAGUAUCGAUGCUUGUGAAAAGAAAAGCAGGCAGUAUGAAGAGUCCUUAGAAAGAGAGGUGAAUACACUAAAUUUCGAGUUGGGAAAAAGGGAGACAACUUUUGAAAAUAGUCAGCAGAUGUGGGCAGUUAGAUUUGACAGUAUUUGUAAAGAGAAUGUCUCCCUCACAGCUGAACUUGAUCACAAAUCUCUGGAACUGAGGGAAUUAAAGGCUCAGAAAAUGGCCCUGAGUAGAGAGCGUGAUGAGUUGUUGGCCUUGCUAGAUGUGAAGGAGAGAGGGCGCUACAUGAGGUCACGGAGUGUGUCAGAUGAUGAGGCUUACAGCGAGUACAGCUCUACAGAGCUGGCAGUUCUGGGAGCCUGUAAAUGUAGAGUUACCUCUCCUGAGCCCUGCGGUUGUGCACACGCUGCUGCAGCUCUGAGAAGGGAACUGUGUAAACUAAAGGAACAGUAUGAAGCUCAAUUAAAGAGAAGAGAUGAAGCUGCUCAGACAGUGGAUGCAUAUAGGUCAGCAUUCGAGGAACAGCUCUAUAAAAACAAACAGCUUACGUUACAGUUGGCUGAACUAGCAAUCACUGGACCAUCAAAAUAUGAAAAGGCAAAGGUCAUCCUCAAAAACCUUAUCCAUCUUUUGAAUGAUGAUGACUACCUUUGUGAAAUAACCAAUCAGAGACAGAAUGUCUACAGUAUUAACGGAAAUUCAAAACCACGGAAGCUCGAGGUGGACAGCCAGUCAGAGCCUGUUAUGUCUGAUAAAGACUUGGUCAUGGCACUAACAGAGAUUUUACACCAAAGAAAUGAAGCCUUCGCCCACAAGAAACUCGCUGCUCAGGUGCUGAGUGAUCGAGUAAAGGAACUGGAGACUCAGCUCAGCAAUUAUCAAAGGGAAGAGCAUGAGGAAACAUUCUCCUGAUAGUUAAAAUACCGAGACACAGAACUUGACAGGGGUACGUUCAAGUUCAGAAUGAAGGUCAACAAACUAGAUGUAUUAGAGGGGGAGGGGGUCAAACAUUAAGUCAAAAGACAUGUAUCUAUGUUUUUUAUGCUAUAAUGAUUAUUUUUAAGGAGCAUGAUAAGUGGUAUUAAAU